AUCGUUCCCUUACAAAGUUGCCGCCGAGGUGGUCGCGUGUUCAGACCUCCGCCUCCUUUCUUAUGUAGCGGCUGAUUUCGUUCUCCUCUCAGAGCUGAGGGUUUUGCGUCUUCAGCAUCUCGGACGCUGCUGGCGGGUGGUCUCACUCCCAAACAACUUCGCUUUGUCGCUCACCGUGCACCCGUUUGAAGCCAUGCUGCAGUUCAGGAGAACUUUCCAGGACGAGAAAGUCCAACUUCAGGAGCUCAAUCAGCGUCUCGCCCAGUACCUGUCUCGAGUCAAACAGCUAGAGCGAGAAAAUGCGCAGCUGGUAACGCAGAUCAGCGCCCUCAGGAGCGAGCAGAUGACCCCCUGGGAGCGCCAGUACCUGGCCGAGCUGAGGGAGCUGCGUGAAACCAUCAACUGCCUGGCAUUCGACCGGUCCCGAGCCCAGUUGGAGCGAGACGGGAUGCAGCGGGAGCUGCGCCUGCUGCAGGAGCUUCUCAGCCAGGAGUCGGGGCACUGCCGAGACAUCGACUGGGAACUGAGGGGGUGCGAGAAGCUCAUGCAACAAGCCCAUCAGAAGAACGUCGCUCUGGAGGAACAGCUCCUCCGCCUGGAAGCCGAGCGCCAGAGUCUGGAGGAGUCCGGCCGACGCGAAGUGCAGCAGCUCCGCGAGGAGGUCCACUGCCAGUUGCUGCCCAUUGCCCCUCAGGGUUCUGUGGGAGCCCCGAGCCUGACAAUGGAGGACGUGGAGGAGUACGCGCACAGCCUAUCCCAGUGCUGCAUGGAGAACUUCGAGGUGUACAGGCAGCGGAUCGAGGAGCUCGAAUCCUCCAUCAAGCUGGACCAGCAGAGGCAGGAGACGCUCCGGCAGGAGAAGGAAAAGUACGGCAAGGAGCUGGAGCUGUUGAGCCGAGACAUGGACGAGCAAAGGCGCCUACAGCUCAGGCUGCACGAUCAACUGGAUGGCAUGCAGGAUCAGUGUGAAGAGGAGCUGCUCCAGUACCAGGAGCUUAUUGGACAGCUGGAGGAGGAGCGCAGAGCACUGGCUUUGGGGAUCGCUGAGAAACUGAAGGACCAUCAAGAACUCAUGCAAGUCAAAAUGGGUCUAAGCAUGGAGGUGGCCGCCUACAGGGCAUUACUGGAAGGAGAGAAGCAAGAAGCACAUUAUUGGAUUGACCAAUAUGAGAGGGAAAUACCCAGAAAAGCAGGAAAGGGAAUAUCAGUCCAAACCUUUACAGCAAAACGAACACCCCUUAGAAAGGAAGAUGGGGCUAAAAGUUUGCCUGUGAGCCUGUACCCAAAUGGGAGGUAUGCGGCACACACAUCAAGCAUGAAAGUUACUUCAAAACCAAGCCAGGCUGCAGCUUACAGGGUAAGCACAAUCCUUCCUGCUGGAGUAACUCAUCGGGGAGCAGUGUCCACAUUAGGUUGGACCACACAGGUCUCUUCAUCUUCAGCAAAGCUAAUUCCACGUCCAGCUGAACGCAAGUACACGGAAGUCCAGCAGAAAGUGACAAGCAGAGGUCCAGCUAUUACCAUUCAGAAUUCAGUCAAUGAAAGCAGAGUUUCUCCUUCAGCACCUGUAGACCAAAAGCCUACUGUACAAAAAAUCAACAUUCAAAAAGAGGAAAUAAAAUCUUCAAUCAAGGUAGAUCCUGACUUGAAACUACCUGAAAAAGCCAAUGAUAAACAGGCCAAGAAAACCAAUGGAAAGGUUAAGGAGGUGAUUAUCAUUAAAACUGAAACACAAGAGGAGAGCGUGGAGCCUAGAGGGUAUCAUAUUAACCUUGAACAAUCCCCAGACAGUAGAGAGGUGACGAUAACCCUGCAGGCACCCCAAAGCCAGAAUUCCAUUAGUGCUGAGAAGGAGCAUUUCACAUCAAGCCAUUCCACAGCUUCAUCUGUUUCUCGGUCUUUCCCAGACACGCAGAUAGGAAAUAAAGUGAUUGAUGAGCCACGUCUAAAAGUAGAUGAAGAAGAGUUGAAUAGGUCACCAAUUGACAAGAAAAUUCUGAAUUCAAUCAAUGUUGAAGACAUUCUGGAGAAGGUUGUGAGACCUGCUGGUCUGGAGACAACCUUAAACUCUUCACCAGACUCAAAGAUCACAUACCAUUUAGAGAAAACAAAGGAGGAGGAUGGAAGCACUAAGACUGAAAUCAUUCUGCAGUCUACUGUUCAAGAAGAGCUUGAUGUUUCUGACGAUUCUGUUCUGGAAGAGCUUCUGAGAAAAGAUGUGAAAAGAGCAGGUUUGCAGGAUAUUAAGGGAACCCCGGCUGAAAGCAUGAUUGAAAACAUACUGGGCCUUGGAUUAAAGGGAAGGGAAAACGCAAGUGUAAACAUCGAGAUCAUCGAGGAGCCACUGGAGGCACCGAGUGGCGAAGAAAAUGAAGAAAGUCAGUCUUCAAUGUUUUUCCAUAUUGAAGAACUAGAUAACGCUCCUUUGGCCACUGAAAAUGUAGUAGUUAGUGCAGAAACUCUAAGCAGCUCGUCCACACCUGCUGGCGAAUUUAGAAACACAAUCCAGUUUCAGGUGGGUGCUACAGACCACACUCAAGUCCAGGAAACAGAGUAUUUUGUGUCAACACCAGAUGAUGCCACUUCUGAGCAUGAGGGAGAAGACAUACCAGUAUACAAGGAAUAUCUACCAGGACGUGAAUGGUCUGAAGAGGGUCAUUACUGGCAGGAAGAGCCUGAACCCGUAGAGCAACCCAGCUUCACAGAUUCAGGUGCAAUAAGCUUUAACACAGAAUCAAAUAUUACAGCAGACAGUGCAGAAUUCAGAACAUCAUGGGGGGAACAAAGCUAUCCCGAAGAAUGCUCUACAGAGUAUGUCAUUGAGGAGGAGAUUCAUGUCCCUCAUAAUGUUCAGAGGUCAGUCUUGGAGCUGCUUAGAGAAGGAGGUCAGGAUCCCCGGCAACAGAUAACUAGUACUUUAGAACAGUUGAAAGAAUCCGUGCCAGAGAAUCUAAGAGAAGAGCUUUCAUUUUUAUCGGAUGUCAGAGAGAGCUCAGAUCAGUUAGAGGUUGAUGUGAGGAAAGUCCAGCAGUCUUCUGACAGCGGUGUAGUGACUAUUGUUGCUGAAAUCAAUGUCUCUCAAAGUCUUGAUGACUCUGGCCUAGCCAAUGAUGAAAAACAAGCAGAUUCAGACUUGGAAUAUGAGAAAGAAUUACACACCAGGGUAGGUGAAGCUUUCUCCCAUGAAGAAGAAGAAGAUGAACCAAGAAUGCAUGAAGCCACUUGGGCAAGGAGUUUACAGGCUCCAGGAAGUACCAGUGUAGAGCAGCCAACAACAGACAUUAACAAAUCUGUACGACUUAUUAAACUGGGUCCCUCUGAAAAAUCAUUUACGUUUCAAAUGGAUGUCUCUCAAGUCACUUCGAUGGUUAGCAGUGAGGGGAACAAGAAGGAAGCUGCCUUCUUUACACAAAGAGAAUUCAGCGAUGGAGCCAAUGGAAGAGCCGUUAGAGAAGAUGUAUAUCAGUAUGUGCAAAGCGACAGAGGAAGUGAGAGUCAGGGCCACCAAGGUGAGGAAGAGGAGACAUGGGAUGAUGACAAUGAAGAGACGGGCGAACAGGAUGCGUUUUCCAAUGUGGUACAGCAGCAAAGAUUUGUGGAUCCACGGUCAUUGAUCAGUAAGGAGCACAGAAUUGCUGCAUUGUACUUGGAUGAAAGCGAUGACUAGAGGCAAAAGGAAAAAGAAGCUCAGCAGCCAUAAGCUGUGGGCUGAAAUUUGCACCUUUGUUUAGGAUUACCAAAGAUUCACAAAGCCGAAGGUAGGAAGUCAAACUGGACUUUCAGAAGCGGAUUUAGUUUUGAAGAUGAAGGACAUUUUUUAAUUACGUAGGUAACUGCUGUUGAUUUUGUUUUUCUCUGAAGAUCAUGGGUUGCAAAAUGCCAAACUAAAUGAGCUUGCAGUGCAUUGUGAACUUUUAUUCCAACCGGAGUAUCUUUUUGGUUAUAGGUUUACCAAAUAUUUUCUUAAAACCAGAAUGCUUUAGGCAAACAUCCAACCAAAUGUAGUUUCUAUCCACACGAUGACAUGUACUCUCUUAAGUCGACACUGCACAACAUUACUCCUUCAUUCCUAGAGGACCGUAAAUGAUUUAAUUAUGUGUAAAAGUCCCCCAAAACACUUAUGAUAAAGACAUUAAGGCAUUCUGGGCAUGGCCAGUACUCAACCAUUUUCAAAGCAUUCAUUGUCAUCCUGCAACCGUUUUGAAUUGCCAGCCUCGAUUUUAUGACUGGACACUUGUCAUUGCGCUCUGUCAUUUCUUACAGUAUAACCCUUGGCCACAGACCGGGGAGCUCAUGUCACUGUGGGGUUGGUCAAUGGAAUUUAGUCAGCCCAAGCAAGUUAUUUUAUCUGUACUCCCCGCCAUAUUGAUUCAUUCAUUGGUUUCACUAUGCACUUCCAAGGCUCCCCCGAUGUCCCACAUAGUACUUGUUGUUUACAGGACAGAGGGAGGUGCACGCCUGCACGGGCCAAAUGACUCAACCAAAUAUCUCUUGGAAGGGAGAGGGACAUUUCACAGCAAGCUCACAAGUUUACAGAGGUUCUGAAAUGAGUGACAGUAACCACUGUGGGUAUGUACCGUGUGUGCGUUGUAUGAGCUUCACCAAACCAACAUUGAUAGAACCAGCCAAAGUUGUUAUUUCAAUCUAAAGAGAUAAAUUAUUCAUUUUUUUAAUGUUGCAUAUUGGAGAGCACUCCUUGACGACUAGGAAUGACAGUCACUUCAGCCAUCAUAUAAAUUUAAGAACUUACUGAAAGCACUCGAUGAACGAGCACAAUAAUGAGUUAAGAGACCCUCAUGAAGCCAACUGUAGGUUGGUGGCCACAAUGCCCUUUAGAACCAUCGCAUCCAGCAGGAGUGUUUGGGUGUUGAACGUUUCCAUGCUGAGUGUGGGUCAACCUCUGUGACUCACUGUUUAUUGACCAGGUGCCAACUUGUUCCUGUAUCUGAACUUCUACUUUGUUAUUUUUACUUUUAAUGUACAAAUCUAGCAAUGUAAAUUUAUUUUUUAGCGGCUGCUUAGUUUUUACUACAAACUGAACAAAGAUAUUUGGGUUUUCUUAAGAGGAAUACAUUAGUCUUCCUGAGGUCACUUUAAGUAAUCGUUCCCUUCAGUCUCUUUGAUAGAGGUGGCACACCAAUGUGCUUGUUAGAAUUUAUACUUCAAGAAUUCGGGCCCCUGGGUUUGAUUCCUGGCGUAAUCACAGUCCGAGGACAGCGUUCAAGUUCUACCUGUAGGUUUAGGUGGGAUGGCAGCACUAAAUGGGCCCUGCAUUAGUGUGCCCUGUGACAGACUGCCAUUCUGUUGGCUGGUGUGAUGGGGGGAGAGGUCAGAAGAUCAACAGAUGGUCAGUUAUUAAAUAUGAGGUGGGAGUUUAAGUGAAUAAACAGCUUUUACUUAGGACAUAACCUAAAGGUGUGUUACACAGGUUCACGAGAUAGAUGGGUGGAAGUAGCGUACACUUGGGCAUGCUAUUGCUUGUCAUUAUUAAAGGGAUCUACUUACAUGCAAUCAAAGAACAUUCUUAAAAUAAAGAAAGUGAAUACAAUAAAAAUGAAGCCAGUGCUGUGGCCUAAAAGCAAGGACACUGCUACACUGAUCAUUCCAUUUUCUGUUCUGGCUUAUCACGCUCACGGUGGCAGCACAACUUUACUCAGCUUUCUCAACCUAAUAUCCUCUGUGUGGUGAGGAGACACAAGGAAACAAAUCAAACACAACUUCAAUCAGACGUUUGAGUUGGCUUCAUAAACAGUCUUUCCAUUUUCUAACUCGCCCAUCUAGUUUGAAUAAUAAGAGCCAGAGCCUUUCUCAGCAGAGUCGGGUGCAAGGCAGGGACAAACCCAGGACAGGGUGCCAGCCCAUCGCAAUGCACUCCCUCACUGAAGGUCACCAGUUAACUUAUCUGUCUUUGGAACAGGACAAGAAAAUCCUCAAGAGUACGCAUUGGCAGAGCCUGGAAUAGAAUCUGAAGCCAGGACUCUGGAGUUGGGAGGCAGCCUCAGUAAUCACUGUGACACCUGCCUUCAAAGCAACGUUCAUAGGUACAGUCGACUCCAGUUUAGUAGUGUUGUCAUGGAAUGGGUGGCAUCACGGCUGGAAGGGAAGGUGGGUCCUUACUCAACUGGGAGCCCACAAAGAUUUUAAGGGAUUGAAGUAUGUCCCAAGACAGGGGUUCAGUGCUCUUCCUUACAGCCAGGAGGCUUGUAUAAAAUAAUGGAUGGACAGGCAUCCCGUCCAGAUUGCAUGAUGCCCCCUUGCCGUCAAGAAUGGGUGCUGUUCUCUGCCUUGGCUUGCAGGAAUGCUGGAUGGACAAAAGGAGAUGGCCUUCCAAGAAUAAAUGCUCCUCCCAAAUGAUAGGUGGUGUUGUGCCUAUGGUGUGGCUCUGCUUAAGAUACCCAUGAGGGCUGCCAUGUUGUGUUCUUUAGGGGUUGCUGCCAGGAGAGGACCCCAGUGUUGUGUCACUGUCCUGUUUGACCCUGAAGUGCUUCUUAAAUGCAAUGCUCAGGCACUGGAAAUACUCGCUGGUCCAGAUUAAAACCAGCUACUCUGCAUCACUCGGGCAGGAUAGGGAGAGGAGAAGGAGUGGUGGUUUGAAAGAAAGAAGCAAGAAGAGAGCUUGUCACUGUGAGCACUUCAGACCUGGAAGUAAAAUAUUUUGUUAAAAAUAAAUAAGGACUGUCUUUAGUCCAGCUGUGUCAGAAGUUUGGGGCUCUGCCAGGUCCCCUACUGGUCUUAGUGGAGACAGCAUGGCACAGCUGUAGGAAGGGUGCAGGUGCCCAAUUUUAGGGGCAUUUCACAGGCUGUUUGAACAUCUCUAGGCCAGGAAGAGCAGUGCAGCACAAGCGACAUUCUAAGUGGCCUUUUAAAGUAUUUAUUUACGUAUAAUUAAUUUGUGCUCAAGUUGAAGUCAUCCUUACCAUCAGCAUCUCUAAGGAAGUAAUUUACUAAACAAGGGAAAAAAUAUUUUUUAUCCAAAUAAGUAGCUA